GCCACAUCUGUAAUUCUGUGAAUAUACCGGGUGAUAACACGUUUAAUGGAUUUAUAACAUUUAUGAUAUACGCAAAAACUCUUAAUCAUGGAUGACGAUAUAAUGAUAUCGAAUAUACAAGAUAUCUCUCAAUUAGAACGACAAUUUCAAGAAAAGCUAUACGAGUUGCAAAAUAAUACGGAUACCUUGCGGGUGACGCAAAAGGAACUUCUGGAAACUCGUCACGCUUUAUAUAGUACGGAGUCAGAACUCGAGAAAGAACGUAGAAUUUCUCAUGAGUUAAGAAUGCAACUGAAAGCAGCUAUGAAUGCAAUUAAUGAAUUGCAGCAACAGCAAACAAAAAGUCAAGUCGAGGGCGUUCAAUUACAAGUCAAAUAUGAUGCGAUGGCGAAACAAUACGACUCUCUGAUGAAUGAAGCCACGACCGCUAAAGUACACGAGACUAAAUGCAAAAUUAAAAUUCAAAGCUUAGAAGAGAACUUACGUCAGAAAGAGAUGAGCAAUAAGAGAUUGGAGCAAACGUUAAAUGAACUGGAACAUGAUAGUUUGCGCACUAUUACAGCUAUCGAUCACAAAAUCACGAAACUUUCGCAAGAACAACAAAAUCUGCAAAAGUCUUGUGAAGCAAUUAUCAGUCUUAAUCAACGCUUACAAGUUAUAGGUAUGUGCACACACGCGAUACAUCGAAAGAAUGAAACAAAAAUUAAAGAUUUGGAAUAUAUGCUAGCUUCAAUGUCAGUCAGAAAUGAAGAAUUUACAGACAAACUUGUAAAAUAUGUUCAUCUAGAAAAAUAGAUAUUUAUCUCUACAAUCUAUGUGAAGAAUAAUAGGAUAGGAUAUUUUACUA